AUGUUGACUCAAUUUCUUCCAUGCGUUGUGGAAAAUUUCUCAUUACUUUGCUUUAUGUUAGUUGAUUGCGCGAAUAAAGCUUUCUCUUCAGCCUUAGUUUGUCCAGCUUGUGAUACUAGUCUAACAGAGAACGAUGAUAUUGUAUUUGCCGACUUGAAUCCGAGCGAAGAUUAUAAAUCUUCGGUUCUUUCAGGCCUUCGUCCUGAUUUCAUCAUGGAAAUUUGUACACGAGCACUUUCGUUUUGGACAUAUCAAACCACUCAAGAGGCGUGUUUUCAAGAAAUGUUAUAUAAGAAUCUAGAAGACAAGUACAACAGAAUAGAGAAAAAUUUACAAGUAGUAAUGAGAGAUGCGCAUACUGAAAUAAAUUCAUUACGUGAAAAGGUUUCAGCAUUGCAGAAAGAAAUAGAACUCGAAAAACGUAAAAGUCAUGACCUUUCUGAACAAUUACAAGAGAAAGGACGACAAUUUUCAAAAUUGCAGGUCAUGUAUGACAAGCUCAAACGUCGAACUCUAGUUCCCACAAUGCAACAAACAGUUCAGAAUGUCGCCGGCAAUAGCUCAAUUCCUGGAAUUAAUGGGACAUCGAUAAAUAACUUGGGUGGAAACGGAAAUAUGGGAUCAAGACAGGUUCCGAUUGGAAUCCAAUCCAAUGCUCAGAGACGACAAUUUGGAGAAAACCUUGGGAAUCUUAAUCAUCCAGCAUGGCCAGGUGGUGGAACAGAAAAUUCCUAUGACCCAUUUUACGGUCCUCCACCGUCGUCCCAGCAACAUCAUUAUCUUCCUAAUGUUAAACGAUCUCAGCAGCAAAGUAUUCCUGUACAAAGUUAUCGAAAUUAUCAUGAAGUCACGCCAAAUGGGCAACCUCGAAAUCCAUAUUCUACGGGACAAAAUUCAGGAAUAAUAAUGAUGCCACCAAAUACUGGGAUGAGAGGAUAA